GAGGGCCUCUAACGGAGUCGGAGUUGCAGGAUUAGACUGUCCUGAGUCGAACACAUAGUACCUUUUCCAUUUCCAGACAAUAAAAUACCCCGCCAGAGCGCUUGCGUUUUGCACUGCGGUACUCAUGACGUUCUUUUUGGCUUUAGGCGCAACAUGCGCCGCGGUUGUCAGCUUGUGGGUACUGGCGACUUGGGUUCAGAAGUCCAAACUCCGCUAUCCACCUGGGCCUAAAGGACUCCCCUUCCUUGGGAAUGCCCUCGAUAUUGGCCCGCAGAGACCUCAACUUACCUAUGCUCAGUGGGGAAAAACCUAUGGUGACAUCGUCUACACUCCUACCUUUGGUCAAGAUAUCAUCAUCGUGAACUCAGAAAAGGCUGCACGAGUUUUAGCCGACGGGCGGCCUGAAAUCUACUCAGAUCGUUACCGUUCGUCUAUCUACAGAGUUUAUGGCACCUAUCGCAUGACGAUUGUCAUGGAGUACGGGAAUGAGUGGAAGACACAUAGAAGGCUGUUUCAUCUUAGUCUCCGGAAUGACGUUAUUGGCCAGUACAAUGAUUUGUACCUCGAUCAUGCUCGCCAGCUCUUGGACAACCUGUUGCGUGACAGCACAAAUAUCUUUGAGCAUUUUGAUCUGUAUGCUGGUGCCGUCGUGGUUGAGCUAAUAUAUGGUCGGCGAGUAGAGGGGAAGGAUGAUCCUGUCUUCGCGAUGGCCAAUGGCCUAGCUGAAAUGUUGUGCAAGGAAGUGACAGCGAACAGGGUUGUUCUGCUGAAGGUCUUGCCAUUCCUUCAAUAUCUUCCGUCAUGGUUUCCCGGUGCUGGCUUCAAGCGCAACGCAGCCCGAUGUAGAGAUAUGGUCACAAAGAUGGCAGAACUUCCGUUCACUAUGGCAAAGGAUGAAAUGGAACACGGCGUAUUGUCGCACUGUAUGGUCUCCGAUAUGUUGAAGCAUGGCGCAGUGGAGGAAUCGGCGGCGAAGGCUGCAGUUAGCAGUAUCUAUAUAGCUGGGGCCGAGACGACCGCUACUGUAUUGAAAACCGUGGCGUUAGUUAUGAUACUUUACCCGGAUGUUCAAGACGAAGUUCACAAGGAACUAGACGCCGUCAUCGGAAGAGGAACUUUACCGACCUUCGCAGAUAGAUCACGGCUACCGUACCUGCAGGCUGUUUUGUAUGAGGUCAUAAGAUGGAACCCACCCACCCCGCUAGGCCUCCCACAUGUCACAACUGCGAGUGACAUAUAUGAAGGGUAUUAUAUUCCGAAAGGGACUAUGGUGUUAUUCAACUACUGGGCAAUGAAAGACCAUGGCUACGAUGACCCAGACCGUUUUGACCCAACUCGGCACUUGACGUCCGAUGGCCAGCUUAGUCCUCAAGCUAGACAGAACAUCUCGAUCUUCUUCGGAUUCGGAAAGAGAGCUUGCCCCGGGCGGUUCUUUGCCGAACAUUCUCUCUGGGCAGCAACCGCUGUGAUGCUGUCUGCUGUGAAAUUUGGUAAAGCCAGGGAUUCGUUUGGAAAGUAUAUCGAUGUGGAACCUGUUUUUUCGCAUGGUUUGGUUAGGUGAGUGGGGCGUAGACGAUUUAUCCUCAGUUCCGUUGAAAUUCGUACUUUUUAGUUGUCCAGCUCCGUUCCCUUGUUUCAUUACUAGCAGGGUCGUGGACUGGAAGGAGUAGAUGGCUGCCUCUGCCG